AUGAGGGUUUCUACGCUCCGAUGGGAAAAGGCUCUCAGUCUCGGGGCACUUCUACUUCACUCUGUGAGUGCUUUUCGUGUACCGCAACCAGCAUUGUGGAGGAGCAACAGUGCCCUGUAUACAGCAACAUAUGAUCCCAUCAAGACUUCCGAAGCCGUUUCACAGAAAGAUGAGUCUUCCGAUCAGUGGAUAUUGGAUUCGUUGGAGAAAGAAGAUCGAUGUGUUGUGGGACCCAAGGAGGUCCUGGUCUACGACACAAGUCUCCGUGAUGGAACUCAGGGAGAAUCAGUAGCUGCGACCUGCGAUGAUAAAUUGAAGAUUGUCCGCCGACUCCACAGCUUUGAUGUGGACUUUAUCGAAGCAGGGUGGCCUGGUAGCAACCCCAAAGACGCCGAGUUCUUUCAGCGUGCCAAGGAAGAAUUGACAGCUGAAGAACGCACAAAGUUGGUUGCCUUUGGAUCAACUCGUCGCAAAUCUGUAAAGGCAUCCGAAGAUCCUCAGGUCCAGGCCCUGUUGGAUUCGGAGGCACCUACUAUCUGCCUAGUCGCCAAAGCCCAUGCUUGGCAAGUGGAAGAAAUUUUAAAGGCUACAAGGGAACAAAACCUGGAAAUGAUUCGGGACACUGUGUCAUUCUUACGGAGCAAAGGAAGGAGAGUCUUUGUGGAUCUGGAACAUUUCUUUGAUGGAUACAAGCAUGAUAAAGAUUAUGUAAUGAAAUGCGCAGAGGUGGCUGCCGAUGCGGGGGCUUCCUGUCUGGUUUUGUGUGACACAAACGGAGGAAGUAUGCCGUGGGAUGUGACGAAUAUUUGCAAGGAAGUGGUGGAUUACUUCGGUGGCUUGAAAACUAUUGGGAUCCACACACACAAUGACUGUGGAAUGGCCGUCGCAAAUUCUUUGGCCGGUGCAAACUCUGGGGUGGGCUUGAUCCAGGGAACAAUCAAUGGCAUUGGAGAGAGAACGGGAAACGCGGACUUGUGCUCGAUUGUUCCUUCACUGGCCUUCCACAUGGAGAGCAAGAUGACAUGCAAAAGCAACCUAGAAGACCUGACCAAGUUGUCACGGUUUGUGGAUGAGAUCCUCAAUCGUACCCCCAACCAAGGGGCCCCCUAUGUUGGGUCAUCGGCAUUUGCUCAUAAGGGAGGUCUCCAUGUGGCUGCUAUGGAGCGGUCCCCCUUGAGCUAUCAGCAUAUCCAGCCGGAGUUGGUUGGAAACCAGAUGCGCGUGCUCGUUUCUGAGCUGAGUGGAAGAAACAAUAUCUUGCAAAAGAUCGAGGAAGUAGGAAUGAACUGGGGAGGAAUCACGGCUAAGGUCACAAAUGAAAAGGCUAUGGCCAUUCUCAACCGUGUCAAGGCAUUGGAGAACAAAGGUUACUCGUUCGAAGGUGCAGACGCAUCGGUUCACUUGAUGAUUUUGCAUGCCACUCAAGGAUAUUGUAGCCCAUUUCAAGUGCGCGAUUACAAUGCCAACGUUUACGACAAUAACAUGGACAAAACAGCUCGAAUGCUCAGCUGGAACGAGAAUAAGAAAGACCUCAGCGGAAACGGACCUACAGCUCGGGCGACUGUCAGCGUCAGGACUGUGAACACUGACCCAGAUGCUGAAGACUUAUACGUUGAUAUGCUGGAGGUCGCGGAUGGAAAUGGGCCAGUGGAUGCGCUCGCAAACGCUUUGAGAAGGGCACUCCUUCCGUCACAUCCGUCUCUGGAGGGAGUGGAACUGGUUGACUACAAGGUGCGCAUCCUGGACCCCUCAUCUGCUACAGGAGCAGCAACUCGUGUAAUGAUUGAAUUCAAAGACACAAGAGUUGGAAACACUUGGACAACAGUGUCUGUUGAUACAAAUGUUGUGUCGGCAAGUCUCAAUGCGCUCGUUGAUGGCUUGGAAUAUGCUCUCAUCGAAAACUCGGCGAUGUGCACCCUCGACGACGAUGGACACUACUUGUUUGAAUCAGACCACAGUAGCUAG